AUGAGACUAUACGCUCUUUUCAGUUCUAUCCUCCUAGCCAGCUCGGCUCUGGCGAAGACGGGACUCUACCCACGGGCUGACCCCACGGGUUCUUCGGUGGCGCCCCCUCUUCCACCCACCGGUGAACCCCCUUCUCCUGGGGGGUCAUCGUCAACAGGCACCGCCCCCGCUCCAGUAGUAAGCAGUUCUCCGGGCGGUGGUCCGAAGUGCGGCAAAGGCUAUACCUACUGCGGGUACAUGCUCACCUCUAGCGGCCAUAACUUCGCCCCCAACGACGUUAGCAAGGCUUACUGCAGCGGUCUCCAGGAGCUCUGCGUCAAUGGCAAGCCCAAAACCGACGUGUCCCAGGCUGUCUUCGUCUGCAUGAACGAGCAGCCGUCAAGUGUCGAACUCCUGUGCGCGUGCAGCGGAAAGUGUCGCAACGAUGCUGAGAGCAAUUACAUCGCGCAUUGCGAUAAGCCUUGCAUCAAUAACUGA